AUGGCUUCCAACGUCGAGCUGCUUGGCCAGCAGAAGCCCGACGUCAUCGUUGUUGACGAUGAUGUCGACGCACCCACUCAACCAGCUACUCCCCAAGAGACAGGUCCUCAAGAUCCUCCCCAGGUGACAUUACCUUCCACCGAGAUUCCACAAUCACCCAUCGAUCCGAAUGAGUCCUUCAAGACCGAGGUCAACGACGACCGACCUGCCGUUACUGUCAUCCCAUCAUCCCUCACUCCGCCACCCUCGACACAGGUCAACAACCACAACGCCAGCCAGACCGGGCCUUCUAAACGCACCUUUUCCAACUCUCAGCAGUCGAACCUCUUCUCUCCCCCCGCGACCAUUCUCAACAACAUCCCCGAGCGUCCCUUGACUUCCGAAUAUGUCCCACCCGCCUCCCAGCAGGUGCUCGAGGCUUCGGCUGACGAGCUCCGUACCAUGCUCCAGACAUGCAUCACUGAGAACCAAAAGCUCAAGAUGGAGACAGCUCACCACAAGUUGCAGUACAACUUGUUGAGCCUCCAGGCUGACGACGAUUCGAAGAGAGCGGCUGUAGAGCACGAGAUGAUCCGUCGCGAGGUGGACGCGUUACGGACGGCGGAACACACCCGCCAGGCUCGGAGGGAGCUCAGUACUUCGUCAGAGUCAACACAAGCAAAGUAUCUGCAGAUGAAGAUGUGGUACGAGACUGCCCUUGAUGACAACACGACUCUUCAACGUCGUGUCAAGACAGCCAAAAAGGUCAUACAGCAGAAGGAGGAGGAGAACAUGGCGCUCGCCGAAGAACGAGACGUCUUACUCAACCGGAUACGCGAGAACCGAGAACGCAUGCAGAUGCUCUGUAGCCCCGGCGGAAUAUUUCACGGAGCCCUGACCCCCAAGCAGCAAUUGGCGGCAGCUUCGACACCACACCGUAACUCACAUCGCCAAGCCCCCCGACCACAAGCACGCCAAAGGGAGGGAGAAUAUGGUAUCUCUGCUCUCUUGCAGGCCAUGAGCCAGGAUAACAAUAGCGCUCCUUCGACUCCAAUGGCUUCACAUAAACCGGCACCGCGGCAUGUUGGAAGGCACAGCCGCAAUGCGCAAUCCAUGUCUUCGCUGCCUACAACGCCUCUGAACCGGCCUCUAGGCGCACAUGGUGGACUCUUGCCCUCGGUUGAUUUGGUCCCUCAGUCGGAGCCUCAGCGAUACACACAACGGCAAUUCAUCCCCACAACCCCAGUUGCCAAGACGGAGAGCAGGCGCAAGAGUCGCGAAAGCACGAUUUCGAUUGACGACACUGAGGAAUUGGCUAGGCAGGCUCUAGAAUCAGUUGCUGCAGCUAAAUCUUUCGCAUCGCAGGCGUCACAAGGCUCCCAAUCGCGGAGUCACGAGGAAGAAGACAAGGAGGUGUUUGACAGCCAGGCUAGUCAGGCGGCCACGGAGCUGCUGCGGCGGGAUCCGCGUCAGAGUUUUGAGGUGGCCAGCUCGGCGGGAUCUAGAGAUGGAACGCCAGGUCCUGUCGAAAAGUCAGCACGGAUGCAAGCCAAGCUGCUCUCGAACUAUAAGGGAGACCCCGAGAAGCGCAAGUUCAGUGGUAACUAUUCGACUGAAGAAGCCCGACGGGAUCAGGGAAGUCCAGCUAAGAAGUCACGCGUGACGGGGUCAUUCGUCGACGAGCGCAGAAGAUUGGGUCUUGGGAUCCAGUACAACCAUGACAUUUCCCCCGACCCUCGGCAUCAUGACUCCUUAGCUUCAUGUAGCACCGCCACAUUUGAUCCUCUUUUGUGCAGCUACCAGCCACAGCCAAGUGUCCGUUCCGCAGUUCAGGGGUGGUAUCCGACGAUCAAGCCACACAAAAGUGUCAACAGCCGAUGUCUGGAGCCGGCGGGGGAUCCACUUUCGGCUUCUGCAUCUCCUCUCUCUCAUUACCUCACUCACCGCAUAAACAUAAUGCCUCAGCUUCCCAAGGGCCUCUCGGCCGUCCUUACAAAGGCUCCCUCCGAUACCGUCAUCCUCUCCGCGGUCCGUACUCCCGUCUGCCGGUCUUACCGUGGUCACCUCAAGGAUGCGUAUCCUGAGGAGCUCCUCGCCACUGUUCUAAAGGGAACACUUGAAGCCAACCCUUCGCUGGAUCCUGCCGCCGUCGACGAUGUUGCUGUCGGAGUUGUGCUUUCCGAGCUCGGAGGUUCCAAGGCGGCUCGCAUGGCCCUCAACCACGUCGGCUUCAAGAACACAACCAGUCUGUACACUGUCAACCGCGCUUGCUCAAGUUCGCUACAGGCCAUCACGGCUGUGGCGGGUCAGAUCCGGACAGGCAUGAUCGACACCGGUAUUGCCGCGGGAAUGGAGAGCAUGACGAGAAACUACGGAUCCAAGGCCAUCCCCGUCGACGUGUGGCCCGAGCUAAAGAACUCACCCAACCACCACGCCCAGGACUGCAUCAUGCCUAUGGGUUUGACCUCUGAAAACGUCGCUGAGAGGUACAACGUCUCCCGAGCGGAUCAAGAUGCUCUCGCUGUAGAGUCUCAUCGACGAGCUGCUCGUGCAAGAAGCCAGGGCCACUUUGACGGCGAGAUUGUGCCGGUUACGACGAGGUUCCAGGAGGUGGAUAAGAAGGGUAACAAGAUUGGCGAGGAGCAGCAGAUCACCGUCACCGCUGAUGAUGGUAUCCGGGAGAAUGUCACUAUCGAGGCGUUGACCAAGUUGAAGCCUGCCUUCAAGCCUGAUGGUGCUUCAACAGCCGGAAACUCGAGUCAGGUAUCUGACGGUGCAGCCGCUACCCUCCUCAUGCGAAGAAGCACGGCUACAGCCCUCGGUCUUCAAGAUCAAAUUAUCGGCAAGUUUGUAUCUGCCGUGACAGUCGGUUGCGACCCAGAUGAGAUGGGCAUCGGCCCCGCCCUCGCAAUCCCCAAGCUUCUAAACCAACACAACCUCACAAACGACGACGUUUCCCGAUGGGAGAUCAACGAGGCCUUUGCAAGCCAAGCUCUCCACUGUGUGCGUUCCCUCGGCCUUGAGGAUGCGUGGGCGAAGGAGAAGGUGAACCCUGAUGGAGGAGCUAUCGCUCUUGGACAUCCUCUUGGUGCUACUGGGGCCAGGAUGACGGCUACGUUGUUGCAUGGGCUUAAGAGGGAUGGUGGGGAGCUUGGUGUUGUUAGUAUGUGUGUUGGAACUGGUAUGGGUAUGGCCGGGUUGUUUGUGAGGGAGUGA